AUGCAUCAGGGUGUCUUCAAAGCACACAGCGGCACCCAGAUCGCCGGCAUUGUUUCACGUGCUGCCGCACCCAUUGUUGUUGAUGUCGCUCUUCACGUUGUCACCACGGCCACCAAGGCUGCGGACAUCACCCAGAAGAUGGCCGAUGAUCAGUUUGCCGCCCUGAGCAAGGCCUACGCUGCUAGCAACGUCCAGUUCAAUCGUAUCGCUACCACCUUCACUGUCAAUGAUGCCUGGGCUGUCGGCGCCGGCUCUGACGCUACUGCCAUGAAGACCGCACUGCGCAAUGGCACUUACCGUACACUCAACGUCUACUUCAUGAGCGAUCUCACUGGAAGCAUCCUUGGUACGUGCAGUUUGCCAUCAGACAUCGGUCCUGGUACCCCAGCUCCCAGCACCUACAUCGGCGAUGGUUGUAUGAUCCAAGCCAACACCAUGCCCGGCGGUAAUAUCUACGGCUUCAACCAGGGUAUGACCACUGUUCAUGAAGUUGGCCACUGGAUGGGUCUCUUGCACACCUUUGAAGGCUACAGCUGCACUGGCAACGGCGACUUCGUCUCUGAUACACCCAUGCAGAGCACCAGCACCGACGGCUGCCCAUCCAAGCUGGCAAAGGACAGUUGUCCCCAGAGCUCUGGUGUCGAUCCCAUCCACAACUACAUGGAUUAUUCCGACGACGCCUGUUACACUGGCUUCACUCCCGGUCAGAAUAAGAGAAUGGCCAAAAUGUGGGCCGCCUACAGAACCGGUCGCUAG